AUGGUGGCUCUUCGUCCUCGCGAAGAACGCGGGCCAAAGAGGAGGGGAGCAGUCACCGAUGCUGUUUUUGAGGAAUCCGUCCCACCUCCACCACUUCCGCCACCCUCAGCGCCGCCGGUCAUUGUCAGUGCCGUGAAGGAGGAGCCGCCGGUCAUUGUCAGUGCCGUGAAGGAGGAGGAUGCAGAGCCUCUUUCCAAAACCAAGAAGAAGCACGCGCAGAAACCUUUCAACAACGACAUGGCCAAACGAAGACGUAUGCAGCAGCGGAAAAAUCUGGUGACGAUGCUCGAAGAAGCCUAUGAGUGGGAGAAGGCUGAAUUCCAGGACUGGGACAGGCUUCUGAAGGAUGGAUACCUCGAGGUGGAGGCCCGGCUGGAAGCAAAGGAGAAGGAGCUCCAGACCCAGCUGGAAGCAAAGGAGAAGGAGCGCCAGACCCAGCUGGAAGCAAAGGAGAAGGAGCUCCAGAGCUUGAAGGCUCAGCUGGCGGAGAGGAGUUCUGACCUUGUCCGUGUGCGGAGCGAGCGCGAUGCCAAGCAGAAGGAGAUCAGCCGCCUGGAUACCCGGCACUCGGAGGCAUUGUUAUUGCUGUCGAAUCAGCACGAUGCGGAGAUGAAGAAGCAGAAGCUCAUGACGCAGAACCAGGUCUCCGUCAUGAACAAAGUUUUGGACGAGCACAAGGCCGAGAUCGCUUCUCUCAAGGCAGCCAGGCAGAAGGAGAAUCGCGAGUUCCAGUCGGUCCGAUUGGAAGCCACUGCUGAUCGUAUGGGCUCUGAAAUCUCUGCCGUCGUCCGCUCCGCCAGUUACAAUCGCGCUGGGCCGGACGGCGAUGUCAGCGGCUCCUGA